AAUGCUAGUCACGAAAGUAGCCUUGCUCAGUCAAUGUGAUAGACGGAAUGGAUAAUAGACCCAUGCAGCUGAUAUAAGAGACUUCCAAGGUGUUUGGCCAAGAGGGGGUAACGAGAGGGAGGGAUCGGGGAUAGGCUUUUUCUUAGUUAAUAAUUCGAGUGACUUUCCCUGGUAUUAGAUCCAUGCAGCUAGUUAUGUACACUCUUUUUUUAUAAGAACGUCUAAUUUUCAGUUGAGGCUGGGCCGUUUCUUAUUUUUGGGACAAUUUAAGGCUGAAUAUGUCCUUAACGAUGUUCUUAAAUUUAGUGUAUAUAAGAAUAUAAUACCCAAGAAUUAUUAGGAAGAGAAUUACCCUAAUGAUUUUGGUUGUUACUCUGAGCACAAUUUGAUAUAGAACGCAUCAGGACUAAAAAAAGAAGCAUUUUUCUGCUAUCUGAGCCUUGGCAUGUUCUUUAAAUUUGGUGAGACAUCAAGCUGGAAGUACUUAUAAAAGGUUCUUAUUAAAAAGAGUGUACAACAGGAAUAUAUUUACCUUUAUCAAAGCAUUUAAAGCUAUAAACUAAUGUAUCCAACGUUUUUUUCGGAAUCCAUGGUCUAUGUUAUUUACGGCUUAAGGAUUAUUUACAAAAAAACAAGCAAGCUGUUAAAACUGAAAGAGCUGAAAUUAGCGGAAGGAACAAUAAAGUGUGGCGUGCCCAACAGAACCGUCCUAGGCCCCCUAUUGGUUUAAGUUUAGCCACAACUGUUAAAAGACCGUUGCUUGCCGACGAAACUCGUGAAUUCUAAUGCGAUGGCGAUAAAAAGACAAGAGACCAUAACAAAAAUAACUAUCAUUAAUUAAUUCAAAAAAUUCAAUUCAAAAUAGUCCCAGCGUCCGAAUUGACAAAAAAGUUUUAACUAAUAUUAAAAAUUUAAAAACACCGUGACAUUAGUAAUAUAAUCAUUCACUUUUCUUCAUUACCAAAUCAAGGAAAUUUAUAUCAAAAUGCUAUUUUGCUGUUGUUGCUUGAUGUUUGAAAGUAAAAGAGGAUCAAUUUGAAGGAUUAUGGUUUAGUUACAAACCCUCUCAUUACUGAAUUAUUAUUUGCAAUCAUCGGCGCCCUUGGGAGGACAAAAAGAUUCACUAAAAUUCCGCCUAUCAAUCAUCAAAGAAAUAUUAUAGAUAUAACGUCAUGUAAGCCUUAACAUAACGAUUAUUCUUAAAAAGUCUUGUUAAUUAUUAGAAGUUCCAAUGGUGUGAAAGAAGAAAUUUAAUUUUCGAUAUCUCUAAUUGCCAGACUCCAUGUAACAACACAUUGGAUAAUUUGGCAAUUAUGUUAUUAAAUUGUUAUGCAAAACUAAAACAAACAAAGAAACAAAAGAAAGCAUUUAUACGCCUUCUCAGCCAUUGAUACUGUUUCAAAGGCCUAUACCGGGAAUAGUGAGUAAGAAAAAAGACUUUUUUGUACGGUCAAAUUUGAAGUAUUUUUUAGGAUCCGAAAAUCUGAGAGAAAAAUACAAAAGCAAAACAAAGGCAAGCAAAACAUUAGAUGGAAUGAUAAACACAGUCACAGAACUGGCUUGACACCGAAGACUAUUUUUAAGGAACGUCUCGAGAGCUUAUAAAAAAGAAGAGUGAAGGCCAGAGAUUUGGUAUCGUUACUCGAUAUAUGUUUCAUUAAAAUAUCAAAUGGAGUUAGAGAAAUAGAAUAUAAAAUUUAAUAAAAGAAGGCAAAAUAUUAGCCGAUUAUUAUUAAGAGUAUAAAACCUCUCAUGAAAAAGAGUUGAAAAACAGUAGCAAAUAUUUGACGAAAAUGUCCAGAAAUCAAGAGACGUCGUAAUUGAAGCUUUCUAAAGCCGAGAGAGUGUCAAAGACUUUAGCUUUGUGCUGAAUCUAUAAACCACAGGCUUUGUUUGUCGCUCAAUGUUUUGAUUUAGCGACUGGUAAUUGUCAUUGUGGAUAUUGUUGGUAUUGCAUAGGAUAAUAAGGGAAUCAGUAGGGCGUCAUUGUGGUUUCACGAAUAGGCGGGAGAUUGGCUUGAAUAAGUGAACGAAACUCGACGCUUUUUUUUGCAACACAUCUUUUCAGAACGCGCAAGAGACAAACAAAAGGAAAAGUUCGUAAGCCAGAAAGGUGACACUGCGUAUUCUAACUGGGAUGUCUUUCUUUAAAUACUUCAAGAAAAAGACAAAUAAUACGUAAGGGCAAAACAAGGCGAAGUGAAUUGUCAUAAUUCACACCUUCGAGACAUUCGUCCUUACUGAAAACGUUUAAAUACGAUCUGGCAGUCUUUUUCUAAAUAAGGGAAUGACAUUUUGAAAUCGCUUAGAGGAAAACCGGUCGCUUAAAAAAAUAGAAGCCGGUGCCGUUUUGUUCUGGAGAAGAGGGUAAUUUCAACAAACUACAAAACAAAAAUAAACUUGCAGUGGUGCCCGCCCAUAGAAAGAAGUUAGGAAAAUUAGGUGCAUAACAACAGUUUGUACCAGUAAGCAGGCCUGUAUUUUCCUUAAAGAAACAAAGCGUUCGGAGAAGCGGAGAACGAAAUUGUCAUUUGCAUGGUGGUGGCCUAAAACCCAGAUCAGAGAAAGAACACAUUAUAAACACAAUAUACUUGUUCAGAAAAUAAGAAAAAAUAAAGAAGACAUGACUUCCAAGAAAACUCAUGUCAAGAGACCGAUGAACUGCUUCAUGGUCUGGAGCAGAGAGAAAAGAUGUCAGAUCCUCCAGGAAAAUCCAGGAAUCAAUAACGCGAGACUAAGUAAACUUCUUGGAAUGGCAUGGAAAAAGCUAAGCGUCGAAGAAAAAGAACCAUACAUCGAGAAGGCAAAGCACUUGACAGAGAUGCAUAAAGAAAAACAUCCUGAUUAUAAGUAUCAGCCAAAAAGACGCAAAUCAAAGUCAUCUAAAGAAAAGGGCUUUGACGCACAAGGGGUGGCGUUGAAUAUUAGUUCUGCUUGCGGUGGUCGGGGAUCCGAAGAUUCCUCAAUGCCAUUUGUAAAGUGCGAUAUAAAGCAAUAUCCACCAGAUGUCCAAAUAAGAAAUUCAAUUGAAGAAACUCAAAGGAAAGUAUUCAGUACGUUAAGAAAUGACACAGAGACAGGAGCUGUACAUCAUCCCCUUUGUCUUCCGGUGAUAGGCCACAAGCAAACCCAUUUAAAUGGUUUCCCGCGGCACAACCAAUUAGCAAGAGUAGAAACAGAUUUGAAUCCACUUCCUGGCACUGUCUUGAAAACCGAUCCUCAUCUCUUCAACCUUCCAAAAAGUUGCGACAGAUUCUGUACUCAUUGCAUUCAACCGUGCCCUCCAGGUUUAAGGUUUCACGAAGACGUGUCCGGCGCAAGUAGCGGAAUGCAGGAAAGAAUGCAUCCAUUUAUUCGAGAGCCUUUGGUCAUACCAUGGCAUCUCCCAACCAUGCGCUUACCACCUUUUUCACCCUACCGUCUCCCCUCUAGGGCGCGUUGCAGCCCCCCAGGGUACCCGUCAGAGGAGCCCAGAUGGCGCUUGUCUGCAGUAACGUCGUUCUGUUCAUGUAACCUCUGUGUCCCCUCGAACACGCCUUCACGGCAUGGUAAUGAAUGUGCCGAUGGUAAAGCUACGACGUCAUAUUCACACUCAGUAACAAAUCUCCUAAAAAAGUGAGUGAUUGCCUUUUUGUAUCUGUAUUUGGCAUGACUCCAUUGGUAAGAACUCUAAAGGGAAAGCUUGGAGUUCUAAGCAUAUUCGGACAGAACUUCGAAUUCUACUGAGUCGAGCGAUGAAAAACUUCUGUUGUGUAUAAUAAAGAAUAGAAUAGCUGAGCACAAUAGAGAGGUUUAUGUUGCACAUUUUUUUAUGAUGUGUUUCCUGAAAAGAGGAAAAAGGAUACUAUGCUUAGAAGCUCAGUUUUGUCAGUGGAUGGUUUUAGAAGUCAGUUUUGUAUGUGGAUGGUUUUGGGGUCGAUGAGAGGGAGGGGUGGGGUUAGACGGUUCACCAGAUAAUGCUGUUUAAAUAAAGCUGUUAAAAAUAUGUUUGAUCAGAAUAUUUUUAAAUAAUUUUUUCAUUUUGGUGAUUUACAACAAUUACCAUGCGCGUAAACAUAAUGUCGUUGAAAUCUUAAAUAAGUUCUGGACUUCCAAACCGCUAUUUCGCCAGCUGUGUGCAUAUCCCUAAAAGGGUUUGCUCGCAACCUGUCACUAGCCAAUCAGCGUGUGGCAUAGAAAUGCUCCACUGUACACCAGAACCCGAUAUAAUCCUUCUCGUUAUAAAGUUUCCGUCAAUCUCGCUUGCUAAUAGGCCAACUUUCUUAAAACGUUCAGAAAGUUAAGCUCAUGUCACACGUAAACUUUCCAGUUGCAAAUUGUCUGUAAAAAAAAUAAUUAUUGCAAGUCGCACUCGCCAUGUCACAAGAAAUGUCUUUUUUCCACUUGUAGACAUUUGUUGCGGAAAAUAUAAUUCAGUUAUCUACUUUUUGUGCGAAAGAAAAACAAAUUGCGAAGAGGGUUUCACACGCCGCGAAAUCGCGCGUUAGAUUUGCAAUUAUUUUUUUGCGAGACAAGUUGCAAGAGAAAAAAACAUGCGUCGUGUGACAGGGCCAUUAGUCUGCAUCUACAAACGCACACAAAACAGCCACAUCUAAACGGUUUAUAGCAGCAGAGUGCAAUUAUUUGAAAUUUAGUGGCGGCGCACUAAAAAAAAUGAGAUUAAAAGGGGAUUCACUAAUUUUUACUUAGUCGGCGUUAUUGGAUUCUGUUUAUUGCGAAAUAAAUAUAUUUACAUUCAAGUAUAAGAUCUAUAGAGAUUACUUAAUUUAUAUCGUCACUUAAAUUUAAAAGAAAAAAGAAUGUCCAAGAAAAUUAGACGGGAUAAAAAGGAUUUCAAUUCGGGCGGCAUGUUAUAUAGGCUACCGGCAAUUUGGCGAGUAAUCCAAUACGGUUUUGCGUUUGCCGCGUUCAACCGCAAAAGAUAACGCAAACUACGGAACAAUAUAACAGAAGUGGGAAGCCAUCAUUCUGUAAACAAGAGAGCGCAAAAAUGAUAUCGGUCAAUCGUAAUCUCAAGAGAUAUCUAUUCAAGGAAAAGCAGCGUAUUGAGUUUUGGUCAUUGAGUCUUUUAUUAAAAGGAAGCCAAACGUAUUGCCAAGACUUAAACUCUGGCCCUAAUUCAAUAAAGUUAGUUGCGCAUACCAAAUGAGUCCCGCACCGCCCUUUAUAUCUUUGAGAUAUACACAAAUACUGAGGUGGCGAAGGCAAAGGUAUUUAUAGAGUAACAGUUCCGAAGUUGAGAUCUUAAAUCUCUUUCAAUUUUGUUGAUACUCCAAAACAAUUCAUUCAGCGGGAUUCAAUGAGCUGCGCACAUCGAUAAACUUGCCGGUUUGGACCACACAGAAUAGUUCUUGGCAAGCAACAACAAAUACUGGGAAUUAAAUAUAUACUUGCUACCAGAUACCUAAGGGUAUUCGAGCAUUAAGAAAGGAUAUUGCUACUGUCGAUAUUGUCCUCACUGCCUUAAAACUGCAAGUACAUUUCUCUGGAGCCAUUUAGUCCAGUCAAUCCUGUUUGUACGGAUGCAUUUGGGACAUUGACUGCCUUUUCUCUAUUUCGUUGCGUCCCAACCCAAAGGGAAGUAUUUUAGACGUCAGGCACUCCUCCCCAAGAAUAUCUGUCUUUUCUACAAGGCCAGUUUUGUCAACAGACCUAUUGAUCAAUUUGACAAACAAUUUUCUACUUCGUCAUCGACAACUAUUUCAUCGACAAAAUCUGGCUUGACUAUAACAACAAGAACAAGGACCAGUUUCUAGCCAAAGAAGAUAACGCGGCGAGGGGGACAGCGGAUGGGUCAAAGUAUCAUUAAAGCUAAUAUAUACAGCCAUUAAUAAUAGUUUUUGUACAAUGUAUUAAUAUGAUUUUGGAAUAAACGCCUCGAUUGGGACAUGUAAAAUAAAAAGGAAAUAAAUAAAUAAAUGUUUGGCAUAUUUUGUGAAAUGUGCUACUAUAAAAUAUUGGCAGAUAUCAGAAGAUGGAAGAUGUUUUUGGUUACCUCAAGCCUAGAAUUCUUUAUGAAAAUUAUCCAUAUCGUCACAUAUUUAUAAUAUUGCAUUUAUUAUUACAAUAACAAAACCGAAAGCUGCGUUUAAAAAGCACUGCGGGUAAGAAAUGAAAUGUGGUCUACCUCGCAGCUGUCAUUGAAUCGUCACGCUGAAGAUUCGUUAACAGUGAAAGUUCAGAAAGGCUGCAAGGGAACCUAGGAAAUGGACCGUUGCUAAAUUUAUGGAAAUUACUUGAUCAAGUUGACAGUGGUUUGAUUUACGCUCAACAAGAGUGCGUCAUCAAAUACGCCGAAACGCCGCCUUGUUUCCCGAUUAUCACUAUCACUGCUCGUUGUCUUAUGAUAGAAAUAGACGCGAAGUAAUCUGGGAAGCCAAAUUGAUAGGGAAUUCCAUUAGCAAUCAAUGCGGGAGGUCGCCUUCAUGAAAUAGUACGCAGAGAGAAAGGCAUUUAGAUCAUGAUGCAAGGGAAGUAGGACAAGUGACUCUUGCUUCAAAAGUAGCUAUGAUCUCAAAGCAAAAUAGACGUUCGUUUUAUAAAAGAGAACCUACAACAUCGAAUGUUUUGGUGGAAGUGUCGGUUGAGAGGUCGUUAUGCUUUGUGUAUCAAUAACUUGCUUAAUUAAUGAGAUUUAGAGCUGAAAAAAAAAUCAGUAAAAUCAUGGAUCAACGAGAUUAAAAUGAGAUCUCUAUGAAAUUUCAGAAGGAAAAAAAAAACAUAGAAUAAACAAAUUGUUUCAAACAGAAUAACCGACGCCAGAAUCGUUUAAACGUGAAGUUGGCGCUAGUUUAAGCCUCUUAACUUCCUGUUCUUAUCAUUUUUGUAGGUUUUCGGGACGGAAUAAGGCAAAAUGGAAAGUGGAAAAAACAUCCAAGAGUUCCCUCCUCCCUUGCUUGGCUAAUGUUUUGCCUUUAGCACAAAUACUAUGCUCCUUAUGAUUAAUGCUUUCCCUUAUGAUUUAAAUAAAAUAUUGUAAAAGAA